AGAUAGUGAAAAUGAGACUGUAAAAUGGAGUAUCGGCAAUGGCAUUAACCUUUGGUCGACGAGCUCAGCAGGUGAAAUUCUGAAACUUACUUUGGUAAUGUCGGCUGACAAAUCUUUGCGAGAAGCCGUCAGACAAAAUUUGGGGAACUGGCUGAAAAAGUUGGAUUGCGGUGGUGACGUAGAAAAACAAUUAGCCUUCAAAAAGCGAUUAAUUGCUAAGCUGAAAAGCUCACCUGUAAUUGCUAUUGAGACCACGACGGCGAACCAGCAGCACUACGAAGUACCUACCGAGUUCUACAAGGCCUGUUUGGGGAAAAGACUCAAAUACAGCAGCUGCUUCUGGCCACCCGGAACGCAGACGCUUGAACAGGCCGAAGACGCUGGCUUGAAACAAAUAUGUGAACGAGCUCAGUUGCAAGAUGGACAGCGAGUGUUGGACCUCGGUUGCGGCUGGGGAUCUUUGGGGUUGUACAUUUGCGAGAAGUUUCCCAACUGCCAAGUUACAUGCGUCUCCAACUCGCGGACGCAGCGUGAGCACAUACAACGAGAGGCAGAGAAAAGAGGGUUUGGUCGGCGACUUCAGGCCAUUACUUGUGAUGCCAAUGUCUACAACACUGAGACCAGGUUUGACCGUGUUAUAUCUAUAGAGAUGAUGGAACAUAUGAAGAAUUUGGAGAAACUGCUGGAGAGAGUGGCCUCUUGGCUUAAACCGGACGGGCUUCUCCUCACCCAAAUCCUCUGCCAUCGUAGCUUUCCAUAUGAAUUUGAUGUGCGAAAAGGGUCUGACACUGAAUGGAUGGCCAGAAAUUUCUUCUCUGGGGGAACAAUGCAGUCUGCGGACUUAUUUCUCUACUUCCAGAAAGAUUUGCAAGUUAUUGAUCAGUGGAUCAUGAAUGGGAAGCAUUAUACAAAGACUUUAGAGGCAUGGCUGGAGAGACUGGAUCAAAAUAUCGAUACUGUGAAGAGUAUAUUGAAGGAAACUUACGACAGUGAAGCAGAUCAGAACCUCUUCAACUGGAGAAUGUUCUUCAUGUUUACUGCCGAAGUAUUUGGAUACAAAGAUGGAAAUGAAUGGCUGCUUGCCUUCCAUCUGUUCAGAAAGCGUCCAGUCCAGAGUAUGCUGUAAAAAAGCCUCUAUCAGUGCCAUCAUUCCAAAUUGAUUGUAUAACGCCACAGACAUGCCAAAUGAUUUUGCACCAGUGUACGACUUUUUCUUGUAAUUCAUAUUGAAAGAUGAUUAGAUAUUUUUUCACAUGUACCAAUUUCUUCAGAUUUUUUUAUGCAGUUUUAUAGUUUUUACACCACUUAUUGGAGUUCAGUGAUUACAUUAUAAACUUUUAUGCAAUUUUUUGAUCUAGCUCUAGCACAUUGA